UUGUUCCUACUUCUACUAUAAGGCAAAAACCCAAAACCCCGCUUCCUAAGCCUCGCUGCUUCGGCCGCCAACCCCCAUCGUCGUCCAACCGUCUUCACUGUCCUUCUUCAGCGACCAGUCCAUUAUUCUUUUUCGUCUGGUUUCUAACCCUAACUCCAUUCUGCUUGAUUUUUCCCUCUUAACUGGAUCCGAGGGUUGGAAUACUGUGCUUGUAAGAUAUGUCACCGUCUCAGUUGUCUUCUUCAGUCAGGUCUGAAAAUUUUCCUAAUCCUUCAGUCUUACAGUGGUACCAUCGUUUACCUGCAUUUCUUUCUUCUAUAAACGAGCUACUUCGGAUUUAAUUUCUUCCUCUUGUUGUUGGGAUUUCACUUCAUCUUGUUAUCAUUUGGAUAUUACCUGAUGGGUGUUCGAUUCGUAUUUCUAUUAGCUGGAAUCACUUUUUUAAUCUCAAAGGUCUUACUUGAUGAGAAGAGUGGGUUUAGGUUUAUUGCAUGCAACAGUUUUGAGAAAAAAGAGACCUUCAAUCAAUUAUUCUUCUGCGUCCUCUUUGUUAUGUUGCGAUCACCAUCUCCCCAUUUCAGAUUCAACCAGUCAACUGAGUUCCACCAAUGGAAUUGAGGGAACAGAUUACAGUUUUAAUUUCAACAGGCGCCCAAGUUUUCUUCCUUAUGUGGCCAUUGUUGUGCACACGUUGGAUUGGAGUUUGGUGAAGGAUACAAAGUUUGCUGAUACCGUGAAUCAGUUUGGUUUAUCUCAUUCAGUAGAAUCAUUUGCGAUUCUCAUUGGAAUAUUUUCCUUAUCAGGAAUGCAUGGCAAGGCUCGCUUCUUAUUUAGAAGCAUUGUAGAGUACUACAAUAAUUCAAAGCAUAGUAGCCCGUGCUUUGAGUUGUUUGAUUUGCUAUCUUUAUUGGUCAGUUUUGCAAAUGGUGCUGUGAAAUUGUUAGAACCUUAUAGAUCUGUCAUUCAGGUUUUAGCUGAGAAUUCCAUGUUUGAGGAUGCAAUCAUGGCAUAUUUGAAGGUUAAAAAGAUUGGAUUGGAAAUUGAUGUUCAGUUAUGCAAUUUCUUGAUUAAACGUUUGGUUGAUAAGAAUGAGAUUGAAUAUGCUAGGAGUUUGUUCUAUGACAUGAUGAAAUCAGGCCCACCACCUAAUGUCUAUACUUACACUAUUAUUAUAGAUAUGUGCAUGAAGAAAGACAUAAUGGAGGUGCAGGAAGCUAGUUAUAUUUUAUUGGAAAUGGAAAGGAAUGGUGUGAGACCAAAUGAAGUUACCUAUGCUACAUAUAUUCGAGGGCUUUGUUCUGCUGGAGAUGUAGAAUCUGCUUGGGACUUUCUCCAGGAUUUGAAGAGUAGAAGACUUCCAUGUAACACUUACAGUUAUAAUGCCAUUAUUUAUGGCUUCUCUUCUAAUGGCAAUUUGCAGAAAUCUCUGAUGGUAUUUAAAGAAAUGAAGGAAUGUGGAGUUCAACCUGAUGUCCAUAGCUAUAGCAUUUUGAUAGAUACAUUAUGCAAGGGGGGUAGCAUUGCUGAAGUCAACAACUUGUUUAUGGAAAUGAUAAACAAUGGAAUCAUGCCCACCAUUGUUAGUUAUAGUUCCCUUUUAUAUCGUUUAUGUUCGGUUGGGAAAGUUAAAGAUGCUUGCUUAAUAUUUAAUCAGCUACGGGAAAAUGGACAAUCAUUUGACCUCAUUGCUUAUAGUAUCCUUACUGGUGGCUGUUCCCAGAAUGGGGAUGUAAAUGGUGCUCUGAUGCUAUGGGGGGACAUGAUCAAAAGGAAUCAUGUUCCGGAUGUUUAUUAUUAUACCAUUCUUGUUCAUAGUUAUUGUAGAGUUGGAUGGAUGGACGAAGCUCUAAUACUUUUCGAAAGCAUGUAUAGUACCGGUGUGAUGCCCAAUAUUGUUACAUGCACUUUAAUCAUUGAUGGGCUUCUCAAAAAAGGAUUCACGAUAGAAGCAUUGAAGUUUUUGAAUGGCAUGGAUGAGCUUGGAAUUAUUCCAAACUUGUAUACAUUUACUACUAUUAUCAAUGCCAUGUGCAAAGCACAGAUGGAAGAGGUGGCAUGGGGUUUUUUGGGAACUGUGAUGAAGAGAGGCUUUGUUCCUGAUGUUGUUUUGUACAGUACCCUUAUUCAUGGCCUUGUCAAUAAAUCAAGCUUGGAACAAGCAUUUAAGCUUUUUGGUAAAGUGAUGAAGGAAGGUGUUACUCCAAAUAUGUUCACAUAUACUAGCCUUAUAAGUGGACUCUGUCAUGAAGGUUAUUGUAAGCAUAAGAAUAUGAUGAAGGCAGAGGAAGUCUUUAGAACAAUGCAGGAAAAUGGUUUAUCAGGAGAUGUUUAUUUAUACAAUUGCCUGAUAGAUGGAUACUGUAAUCUAUUUCUAAUGGAUGCUGCUAUCCUGAAAAUGGAUAGAAUGAUCCAAUAUGGUCUCGCCCCUGAUGUUGUGACUUAUACUAUUCUCAUUAAUGGAUACCGCAAGAUGGGUGAUAAAGAUAAAGCCCAUAAGAUGUUUAAGUUAAUGUUGAAACAGGGCAUAUCACCGGAUACUCUAUGUUAUUUAUCGUUAGGAUUGGAUAAUUGCCCUGUGGAAACAGGUUGAGUGCUCAAAGGAUGAUUUUCUUUGUUUCCACUAGUCAAUGAUUGCAUGUUUCUCCAUCAAUCAUUUCCAAUAAUUCUGGUACAUUUGUUUCUACUGCGCUACUACUAAAUUAUUAUUAUUAUUAUUCAUUUA